GCGGAGAGAGAGAGGGAGAGAGACGGUCGCUGCUCUGCCGGAGACACCGAGCGGCGCCGCCCGGCCCUGUCCCCCCCACACCCCCCACCCCGGGCCCGCAGUAUGGGCAUGUGCCUGCCCUGCCUGGGAGGGACGGCCGAGGAUGCGGUGGAGACGCCGGAUCCGGAAACGAGAAGACGGCAACUGGCGGAAGCUGCAGAGAAGCGUCAAAAGGAGAAUGUGAGCAGGGGCAUUAAAAAUCCAGAAUCUGUGGAGCGAAAGAAAAAGAAGCAAGAGGAGAUGGAGAAAAAUGCAGGGUCGAUGGGGGGCGGAGGAGGAGGAGGCCUUCGGUGGCAAGUUGGUUAAAUUACCUGGAAAUAUGAAGGAAGACGGACUUCUGUUGCCAACAUGGAUUCUACCGGCUCCAGUUACUGAGAGGCUUGUGUUUUUGUGGCUUUUGAUGUUGUGUGGUUAGAAAGAUCCAGCAAUGUGCUAUGCUUAGCACUGAAUGUCUGCACAAAGGCCCUCUGUAUUCUUACCAAAAAACACCCUUCCCUACGUUUACAAACACUAGGCCAAUCAAGUUGUUUAACAUUAAUGAAACUGCGGAAGGUGUGUAUGCUGCUGGUCCUAAGUCUUGGUUUGCUUUAGACUUAUUGGAGAUUGUAAAGCUAAAUGUUUAUUUUCUUUCUGUCCAUUGCCAUUAUUCAUAAACUAAUGUAGCUACCUACUGAUUGUGGAAUUUUUUAAAUUAAAUUAUUUAACUGUAGCUUUAUUAGACUUGGUUUUCUAUAUUUAUCAACAGCGAAAUUUUUUAACCAUAGUGCCUUGGAUAGUGUGGGAAGGUGCAUGAAAAGAUGCUUUCUUUGACGCUACCACUUCUGUUCAAUAAAGUAUUGAGAAUUAUUUUCGCGGCGCUUUUAAUUAAAUGCAUUAAUGUAUAGGAUUCAUUGGUGAACCUUUUUUGCUGCUACCAAAAUUGUAGAAUCCCUUAAACGGCCCAAAUCUCUUUGAUCUAUUUAAGAGGCAAUCCAUAAAUGUGGAUUCACUCGACUACCUCUGAGAGUAUGUAAGUGAGCUAUUCAAAAUGCUGCAUUUUAUGACUAAAUAAAACUCCUUUGCAGUA